UCUCCACCCAUCCCAAGAGAACAACAGAGCCGCACCGCACCUCCCUCGGCGCCUCCUUCGAGCCCCGCCCAACCCCGCCCCGCCGCGCCGCGUCUCGGCGUCUCCUUCCCAUUGCAGCCAACCUCUGUUCCGCGCCGCGAGCAGCAGCGCCGCCUUCUCACCUCCUUCCUCCCUCCCUCUCUCUCGCCUCUCGGGCGGUCCUUCCAAGGAGCCCGCUGGUCUCGGCGCCGCCGGCGGUCGCGUGCUGGACGAACUUUUAAGAAGGGGACAUUUGUGGAUGCUCUAAUGGAGUCUAAAGGUGGCAAAAAGUCUAGUAGUAGUAAUUUCAUGUACGAAGCUCCCCUUGGUUACAAGAUUGAGGACGUUCGCCCAGCCGGAGGAAUCAAGAAGUUCCAGUCUGCUGCUUAUUCCAACUGCGCCCGCAAGCCAUCCUGAUAUCGCCUCACAUGCAAUUCGCAGUAGAGUAGGAUUUUAAUUCUGUUUUCUUGUUGUUUCGGUAGUUCUCCCUUGGCUGGCUGCAUCCUCUGCUUGUGAGAUUCCAACUUGUCUUCACCAUCCUCUCCCUUUCCCUUCCUCUCCCAUCCUCUCUUUCUUGCAACACAUCAUCCAAUGGCGAUGUCUUCAGCAGAUUCUUGGGGCUCUUCUCCCACCUCCCCUAUUGGGUUUGAGGGCUACGAGAAGCGCCUCGAGAUAACGUUCUCUGAUGCACCUGUCUUCGAGGACCCUUGUGGUCUUGGCCUGCGCGCCCUCUCUCGUGAGCAGAUCGACUCGUUCCUGGAUCUUGCACGGUGCACCAUAGUGUCACAGCUCUCCAACAAGAACUUUGACUCAUAUGUUCUGUCCGAGUCGAGCCUCUUUGUGUAUCCCCACAAGGUUGUCCUCAAGACCUGUGGAACGACAAAGCUGCUGCUCUCCAUUCCUCGCAUCCUUGAGCUUGCUGCAGGGCUGUCACUGCCUGUUCUUUCAGCCAAGUACUCUCGUGGGACUUUCAUCUUCCCUGGUGCGCAGCCAGCGCCGCACCGCAGCUUCUCGGAGGAGGUAUCUGUGCUGAACGGUUUCUUUGGUAACCUCAAGUCUGGUGGCAAUGCCUACGUGAUCGGUGACACGUUCAAACCCAACAAGAAGUGGCAUGUCUACUAUGCCACAGAGGAGCCCGAGCAUCCCAUGGUGACACUUGAGAUGUGCAUGACAGGGCUGGAUGCUAAGAAAGCUGCAGUGUUCUUCAAGAACUCUGAUGAUGGCAGCUGCACAUCAGCUAAAGAGAUGACAAAGCUCUCAGGGAUUUCUGAGAUCAUUCCUGAGAUGGAGAUUUGUGACUUUGAGUUCGACCCCUGUGGGUACUCGAUGAAUGGUGUCUUUGGACCUGCUGCCUCCACCAUCCAUGUGACACCUGAGGAAGGUUUCAGCUAUGCAAGCUAUGAAGCGAUGAACUUCAACCCUAGCUCCCUGGUUUACAGUGAUGUGAUCAAGAGGGUCCUGGCAGGCUUCUCUCCUUCGGAGUUCUCAGUUGCCGUUACCAUCUUUGGUGGCCGUGGCUUUGCCAAAUCAUGGGCAAAGGGUGCAGACGUCGAUUCCUACAUGUGCGAUGAUCUUGUGGAGCAAGAGCUUCCUGGUGGAGGUCUGCUGAUGUACCAGAGCUUUACUGCUGUUGCCUCUGGCACUGUGUCGCCAAGGUCGACCUUGGAGAUGGAUGGCUGGAGCAGCGAUGGAAUGGAGACGGCUACGAAGAGCGAUGAUUUGUGUAUUGGCUGCUGGGAUGUGGCGAAGAAGGUGGUGAAGAAAGAUGUGGACGCCUGAGUGAAGCUUUGAGGUUUCUGAGACCUCUUGGCCCUGUUCUUGUUUCAGUUAAGCAGUUGGCUGUGCUACCGGCAAGAUGUUUCCUUUAUAUUUUUCCUGCUCAAUAAGUGCUCUAGAUGGUUUGCUGCGUCUGCCAUAGUGAGCUGCAUAUUAUUGUUUCGUGAUUUUGUUUCUGCUGCCGAUGCCCUUGUGGGGGGAAUGAUCUUGUAAUGCUCAUAUUAUUGUUUCAUCAUUCUGUUUUUGUUGCCGAUGCACUUGUGGGGAGAAAUUAUCUUGUAAUAAAAUUGCCUAUUUCUACAAUAUAUUGUUUUUAAGUUUAA